AUGGCACAGAAGGUGGACGCAAGUUGGACAGAAGGUGGACGCAAGGUAGACAGAAGGUGGACGCAAGGUGGACGCAAGGUAGACAGAGAGUCCACCUUCUGUCUACCUUGCGUCCACCUUCUGUCCACCUUGCGUCCACCUUCUGUCCACCUUGCGUCCACCUUCUGUCCACCUUGCGUCCACCUUCUGUCCACCUUGCGUCCACCUUCUGUCUACCUUGCGUCCACCUUGCGUCCACCUUGCGUCCACCUUGCGGACAUCAAGACAAUCACGAUCAACAAGAAAAGCGAGAGCUCUUCUGCGACAAGUUAUCACAAAAUAACGUGA